AUGUGCUCACAACAACAACAACAACAACAACAACAACAACAACAACAACAACAACAACAACAACAACAACAACAACAACAACAACAACAGCAAUCUCUUAUUCGCGACGGUACCAUUUGGUCGCCGCAGGACCAGGCACAGUACAUCCCGUUGUACUUGAUAGAUAAUGCGCAGUGCUACUACCAGUCGCUUCCUGUCGCGACACGCCAGGAUGUUCAGCAAUUACUGGUAGCUCUGGAGGGUCGGUUUGCUCCACCCGUCAGGACCGACCUCCACAGAGCGGAAUUGAAGGCCAGACGACAGCGAGGUGAGGAGGCGUUGUCUGAUUACUGCGAGGUGAUUCGCCGAUUGUCUCGCAGAGCGUACCCUACCUUGCCAAACCUCGUGCAGGACCAGCUGGCAUGUGACCAAUUCAUUGAAGGUCUGGACAGCAGAGAGUUGCGCAUGGAGGUACGUCGCCAAGACCCACGAACUCUUGACCAGGCACUGCAGCAAGGACUUCGAGCACUUGCCAUACUCCAAGCGGACGCUACUACUAGUGCCUCUCAGCCAGUGGCCGCGGCUGUCUGUGCUGCCAGGGAAGAUCGUUUGGAUGCCUUAUUAGUAAGGAUGGAACGAUUGGAAACCGCUCUGUCAUCUUUGCAGCGACCGCAGCAGCAACCCCAGCAGCAACCCCAGCAGCAACCCCAACAACAGCGCCGCUGUUACCAUUGUGGGAGUGCCGAACAUCUGAUUGCGUACUGCCCGACUGCACCUCCACCCCGGGGACAACGUCGGCGCCCUUCGGGAAACGGCCGGGAGUUGGCAUAG